UUCUGUUAGUCCCCUCAUUCUUUCUAUCAUCUUUGUCUCUCUAAAAACCAAACAAUGACAAGCAAGAGAAAAGGGAAUUGGACAGCGGAGGAAGAUAAGAACUUGUGCAGUUCUUGGGUGAUGAUAUCGGAAGAUGGAGCUGUGGGUGUCAAUCAAAGGGAUACAAGGUUCUGGGAUAGAGUGGCGGCGCAAUUUCGAUCGAACGAUCGAAACACAUCUCGUACUAUCAAAAGCAUGACUAAUCGAAUGGGCACAAUCACCAAAUACUGCAAGUGUUGGAAUUCAGCUAUCCAAAGGGCAGAGAGGAAUCAACCAAGUGGCACGAAUCAAAUGGAUGUGGAGCAUAUGGCAGAACAACUCUAUUUAAGCGAGACCGGAGAAAAGGGGUGGACUUUUGGUCAUUGUUGGUGGAUCUUGAAAAGAUGCCAAAAAUUUCAUACCGUGAUACUAAUGCCAUCUUCAAAUCAAAGCCGCAUGAGUCAAGGUUCU